AUGAGUCUAAUUCGUCAAUUUUCCAGACACCUAUAUGCAAGUUCUUGUGUUAGAGGCCCAGCCGCUUUCUCCUUGACUUUUUUCACAAAAGACAAUUGCAAGCUAUGUUCAGAUGCAAAGAUGGUGUUAGAGAAAAGUUUAAAGUCACCAACUUUAAAGAAUGCCAACUUUAUCAUCAAAAAUGUUGACAUCCAGGCUCUUGAAAAUAGAGAAUGGUUUGAUAAGUAUUGCUAUGAUGUACCUGUACUUCAUAUUGAAAAGCCUGGUGCAAAGUUGAAGAAAUUCAUGCACUACCUACACGAGGAUGAUAUAAUUAGGGAGUUGAGGUCAGAGCAAUAA